AUGGGAAAAUUUGGCAUAGAUCUCAGCCUCACUGGCCUGGCCACCGAGGCCUCCAAGCUCAAUCUUAACAAUCCAGAGGCCGAGAAGAAACCAAGCAGCACUGACCGCUACCAGAAGUAUCCCUUUUCUCGUUUCAACAUGGACGAGACCCAGCCCGAUGUCCUCGACAAGAACAGCCCCCAGUACCGCGAGCGUGUCAUCAAACUUCUCGACGCCCUUGAUGAGACCUACCAAAAGAAGUAUACCGAGUAUCUAACCCAGCGGGCCAGAUACAUUGCGAUGGUGGAGGCGGACGAGGAGCGAAUCUGGAACCGUUAUAUUCUCAAUCCGUUCGACAAGACUUUGAUGGUCAGUGACCUCAAGCUCCACGACUUUAAAGCCAUUGACUUUGAAGAUCGCUUCAUCAAGAUAAACAAUCGCGAGUUCUUCUAUCUACGAGACCUGCAGCUGGAGCUCUUCUACAUCGGAAGACUGGUCAGGACCGGGCGUCUUGAGAGGGCCCGACUUGAGGAAUCUGACACGUUUAUUCAGCUUCGUAAUGAGUGGGCCGACAUGCUCGGUGAUUACAUUGACGAUGAUUCUGUCUGCAGUGAUGAAGAGGGUCCUUCUAUCUGUUGGUCCUCUGACGGAUCAGUUAUUGAGGACUAG